CGUUCUGAUGCUGCCCUGCAGUCAUUGGCUGCCUGUAAAAUGCUCAAAACACUCGCUGGAAUGGUGAGCUGUACUGUAACGUGAACAUGGUGCGGAUGGGUGGCGGCAGUCUGCAGCACUGAACUCACUUUGGUCAAGCUCAAUAUUUAACCAUGUUACCACUCAAAUGGGUCUUUUACGCCCUGAUUGUUUUAUCUGGUCCCAGAGUAUACUAUGCUCACGUUGUUAAGGGACGCUCAGGGAGGUCCAAAGCGUCAGAUGACUCUCGUUCGCACAAUCCCUCCAGUUCCCCACUGACCAGCCUGUCAGGCUCUUGCAAAAACAGGUGCUUUGAACUGGCCGAGGCUGAAGCUCCGCUAUGUCGCUGUGACAAUCUAUGCAAACCAUACAACAGCUGCUGCUCCGACUUUGAUGAGCACUGCCUGAAAACAGAGGGCAGGUAUGAGUGCAGUAAAGAGCGCUGUGGGGAGACUCGUAACGAUCAGCACGCCUGCCACUGCUCAGAGGACUGCCUGGCUAAAGGAGACUGCUGCACCAACUACAAGAGCCUCUGCAAAGGAGAUGUUCCAUGGCUGACUGAGGAGUGUGAGGAAAUUACGAGUCAUGAGUGUCCUGCUGGGUUUGUCCGUCCCCCUCUCAUCCUGCUGUCUGUGGAUGGGUUCCGGGCCUCAUAUAUGAAGAGAGGCUCUAAUGUGAUCCCCUACAUCGAGAAGCUAAGAACGUGUGGAACUCAUGCACCCUACAUGAGACCAGUAUACCCCACCAAAACCUACCCAAAUCUCUACUCAAUUGCAACGGGUCUAUAUCCCGAGUCUCAUGGAAUUGUGGGCAACUCGAUGCAUGAUCCUGUCUUUGAGUCCACUUUCACAAUCCGUGGUCGAGAGAAGUUGAAGCACCGCUGGUGGGGAGGUCAGCCAAUCUGGAUCACAGCAGAGAAACAGGGAGUGAAAGCUGGCACCUUCUUCUGGCCGGUGUCCAUUCCAUUGGAAAGGAGGAUUUUGACCAUUCUACAGUGGCUGAACCUUCCGGAUACAGAGAGGCCCUAUGUGUAUGCAAUGCACAAUGAGCACCCUGACGUCUACGGACAUAAACUGGGACCGCUGAGUAAUGACAUCAGCGUUGCACUGAAAGACUUGGAUAAAGUGGUGGGCCACCUGAUGGAGGGUCUGAAACAGAUGAAACUUCAUCGAUGUGUUAACGUCAUCUUAGUGGGAGAUCACGGAAUGGAAGAGGCAAACUGUGACAGAACAGAAUUCCUGAACUCCUACAUGACGAACGUGGAUGACAUUUUUCUCAUACCAGGAUCUUUGGGAAGAAUCCGUGCCAGAAACCCAAAUAACGCCAAAUAUGAUGCCAAAGCAGUGGUGGCCAAUCUCACAUGCAAGAAGCCAGGCCAGCACUUUAAGCCAUACCUGAAGCAACAUCUGCCCAAACGGCUCCACUAUGCCUACAACCGCCGCAUUGAGGACAUCCAUAUUAUGGUGGAGAGGAAAUGGCAUGUUGCAAGGAAGCCACCUGAGAGGAAGCCCAAAUGUUUAUUUUCUGGUGACCAUGGUUACGAUAACAAGAUCAACAGUAUGCAGACUAUUUUCUUAGGUUAUGGACCAUCAUUCAAUUUUAAGACUAAAGUCCCAGCAUUCGAGAACAUCGAACUUUACAACAUUAUGUGUGAUCUGCUGGGAGUGAAGCCUGUCCCAAACAACGGCACCCAUGGCAGUCUAAACCACCUGCUGAAGCUCCCUGCACACAAACCUGCCAUGCCUGAGGAAGUGUCCAAGCCCACCCCAUCAGGUCCUGUUGGUGGCGUCACAGACGACUUAGGGUGCAGCUGUGAAGAUAAGAACAAAGUGGAAGAGCUCAACCAACGUGUGAGGCAAGCUAUAGAUGACAGCAAGAACCUCCCUCAUGGUCGACCAGCAGUUAUGUUUCAAACGAAAUACAGCAUCCUCCACCACAGUGACUUUAUCAGUGCAUACAGUGAAGUCCUAUCCAUGCCCCUGUGGACCUCCUACACUGUACCAAAACAGGUUGACGUGACGACUCUGACAGAUGCUCUCAGUAACUGCGUGAGGCCAGACGCACGCAUCCCUCCGGCUUACAGUCAGUCCUGCACAGGCUACAAGGCAGACAAGCAGAUCUCCUACGGCUUCCUGUACCCUCCCCAGUUGGCCUCAAGCCAGGAUGCCAGAUAUGAUGCUGUGCUCAUCACCAACACAGUGCCCAUGUACCCAGCAUUCAAAAGAAUGUGGACGUACUUCCAGAAGGCCCUGGUGAAGAGAUAUGCCAGCGAGCGUAAUGGAGUGAAUAUAAUCGCCGGCCCCAUCUUUGACUAUGACUAUGAUGGACACAGAGAUACAGCAGAGAAGAUGAAACAGUACGUGAGUGGCUCGAUACCAAUCCCUACACACUUUUUCGUUGUGGUGACAAGCUGUCUGGACUUCCUACACACGGUGGACUUAUGUGACGGUCCCCUCAGUGUUUUCUCCUUCAUCCUGCCUCACCGAGCUGACAACGACGAGAGCUGCAACAGCGCAGACGAGGAGGCCAAGUGGGUGGAGGAGCUGAUGAAGACCCACACGGCCCGUGUGCGCGACGUGGAGAUCCUCACGGGCCUGGACUUCUACCGCCGCACCAGCCGCUCCUACCAGGAGAUCCUGUCCCUCAAGACCUACCUGCACACGUACGAGAGCGAAAUCUGAAAACCACUGCACCCCUGCACUAUUGCCCCCAAUCCCCCCACCCCCCAUCCCAAAUGGUUAGGUGUAUAUUUUUAUACAAGCUUCCAUAUUUAUUAUUCUUUGAAUGGCUAACCCCCCUAUGUAAACAUAUCAUUUCCCCCCCUAUCGUGUAAUGACCCAUAAGCAUGAAUGGCCUGGUUUGUAGGGCUUCAUUAGAGAGUGAGGAUGUGGUGCUGGUGUUUGUGUUGUGUCUGUGGUGAUGAGUGGCUCUAAGGGGGUGAGUGCUCGCUCUGCUGGGGUGGGGAGCUCAGUAUUGUACACAGCUGUGAUGAGGAUGAUGAAUCCGUUAACAUCGACUUUCAGUGCACAGCACCUAUGUGAUACACUUAUUUAUGCUCAACAUGAAAUUCAUAACAAUAAAAGUUUUAACUCUUUUGUACUUAA